AUGCCAACUCUUGCCGUUGCACGCGAUUACUUGUUUGACCUUAUUGGGAAGAAGUACACGGAGGAACAAUUUGAGGAUGUGUGUUUUGAGUUUGGUGUGGAACUGGAUGACGUCACGAGUGAGCGGGAGAUGUUUAGCCGUGAACAAGGGGUUGCCGAGGGCGCCAGGUUGGAGGAACUCUCCGACGAGGUUAUUUACAAAAUUGACACCCCCGCUAACCGCUACGACCUUCAGUGUGCGGAGGGGAUGGCGGCAGCGCUGAAGGUGUUUCUCGGCUUCAUGCGGGCUCCCACCUUCAAGUUGCUGAACCGCAGCAACCCAUUGUACAAGAUAACCGUGGAGAAAUCAGUGCGGAACGUCCGCGACUAUGUUGUUUGCGCCGUACUGAAGGACAUUCGUUUUAACGAGCGCAGUUACAGAAGCUUCAUUGAUUUUCAAGAGAAGCUGCACUCUGGACUCGCCCGUCGGCGGACCCUGGCCUCCGUGGGAACGCACGACUUGGAUAAGAUUGGGUGUAACGAUUUUGUGUACAUGUUAAAGUCUAAGGAAACGAUUUGCUUUGUGCCACUUAACCAGCGCGGCCGCCUGCUUGACUGUACUGGGGACGGUCUAGCAGAGUUCUACAAGGAGGAUCGACACAUCUCAAAGUACGUCCCGCUUCUCUCUGGCCUUAGUCACUAUCCGGUUAUUAUGGACGCUAAGAAACAAAAAGUUCUUUCCCUGCCACCCAUCAUCAAUUCUGACUAUUCGUGCAUCAGCAAGGAGACCAAAAAUAUCUUCAUAGAAUGCACCGCACCUGACCACUACAAGGCCACUGUGCUGGUCAACCAGAUGGUGUGCGCCUUCUCAACCUAUUGUGAGGAGCCCUUUACAGUCGAGGCGGUGCAGGUGAAGUAUGAGGAGGCGGCGCCGGAUGGCACCACAGUGGUGGUGACACCCAACCUGGACCCUGUUGUCGAAUCCGUAAAGCUUUCAAAGGUGGAGCGGUUAAUUGGAAUCAAACUGGACUCCACACAGCAGUGCUGUAAACUUCUCGAACGCAUGCUGCACCGCGUUGCCAAGGUGGAGAAUGACACCAUUGUCGUUGAGGUUCCCCCAACUCGACCAGAUGUUCUUGGGCCAACAGACCUCAUGGAGGACGUUGCCAUUGCUUACGGCUACGACAAUAUCAAAUACGUUGAGUGCACCACGCGAGGCAAGGUGACGCAGCAGCCGGUCAGUAAAAUGUCACAUCUGCUGCGCAUGGAGGUGGCGAAUGCAGGUUACAUGGAGCUUUUAACAUUUUCGUUGUGUUCUCGUGAUGAGGCCUUUGCGCGUCUAAACCGUGAGGACAACGAUGUCGCGGUACACAUUGCUAACCCACAGACGAUGGAAUUUCAGGUCUGCCGUCCCUCCCUAAUGCCAGGCAUUCUCAAGACACUUAACGCGAAUAAGUCACAACCACUGCCGUUGCGUUUCUUUGAAUGUGCGGAUGUGGUGCUGAUAGACAAUGAAAACAACUUUCCACCUAUUAUCAGGCAACAUUCUGACUACCCGAGGUGUGGCGCAAGUAACCAACGCCACAUUGCCGCCCUCCAUUGCUGCAGUGAGAGCAGUGGCUUCGAGGAUAUUCAUGGUCUGGUUGAGUUUAUCAUGAUAAAGCUUGGUGUUCCGCGAAAGGGUGACGCUGCUGCCGAGGCAGAAGAAGACACAUACACUUUGGAGAGGGGAACCGACGGCGCCUUUUUCCCGGGGCGCUGCAUGGACAUCUUGCUUCAUCGCAAGGGUCAAAAAGUGUGCCUAGGCGGCUUUGGUGUCGUUCACCCGAACACACUCCGAGCGUAUGAUAUUCCAUUCCCAUGCUCGUACAUGGAGAUGAAUGUUCAAUUUGCCCAGUAG